AUGUCCGACUCCAGACUUGUUGAUAUGGAACCCGGCGGAGAGAGCACUCAAUAUGAGUCUAUCAGACAAUUCACACUAAGUCCCUUAAAGCAAACUGGACAAUUAGGGGUCGGCGAUAAGCACACUACAAGCGAAGUUGGCCCUGGGCUAGGAACACAUACCCCGGCACAAAGCAAUGACGAGGAUUUCCAGGCCCAGAAGCUAGGCAUGGGAGCGAUCGCAGACUCUGGUAAAGAUAUGAAACGUGCCGAGGACGAUGCUGUGGCCAAGGCCCGCAGACAGCAGGGGUACGGGCCUGGGUCUGGUGUCGGGGCCUAG